GACGAGGACCCGCGAGCUUCAUGCCCGGCCCACCCCACUUCACGAAUCUUCGCCAGGCCAACCAACCCAAUGAAGGUUGCAUUGGCGCUCUUGGGCGCGUCCCUCGCGACUUCUGUGGCGCUCGACCGUAAGCUCUAUGGCGUCGACUACGACGUUCGCACGAGCGAAUGGGGCGGGUGCAAGCAAGAAUGGGAGAUUCGUGCUGACUUCCAAGCGAUGAAGCAAGUUGCUCGCAACGUGCGCGUGUACGGAACGGAAGAGCCGUGCAUCAGCCGCGUCCUCAAGGUCGCUGCCGAAGCCAACGUCCGCCUCUGGCUUGGGUUGUGGGGCAACAUCUACGCCGACCAGGACGCGUUCGACAAGCAAUUUGUCACAUUCAAGCGGUUGGUGGCGGAAGGCCGCAUCCGCAACGACAACGUCGUCGGGAUGCACGUGUCGAGUGAAGCCAUGUUCCGGUACUACAUCCAGGACAAGCACGACUGGAGCGACCGCGAAGGCACGUACAAGCUGACUGCGUACGUGGACAAGGUGCGCACAUUCCUCCGCCAGCACGGCCUCAACUUCCCCGUCUCGAUCGCAGACGUCAUGGACGCAUACAAGUACACGCAAGCGCUGUACCCUGCCGUCGACGUCGUUGCCGCGAACCAGUUUUCCCAGUGGGAAAACGUGUGGGCGAAGGACGGCGUCAACACCAUGUUCGAGCGGCUCAAGAACAUCCAAAUUUCGUCUCGCGCGACCGGCAAGCAAAUCCUGAUUGCUGAAACCGGGUGGAGCUCGAACGGGUCGUUCCCUUCCAUCAAAGAAGCCACGCCCGAGUCGUCGGGGGUGUAUCUCAAGGACUUUUUGCUGUUUGCCGAGCAGCAGAACCUCAACUUUUACUACUUUUCGUCGUUCAACCUCAAGUGGGGCGACGACUCAGCGUUCGGUUUGAUCGAGAAGAACUGGGGUCUCUUUGACCAGGACCGAAACAUGCUGCCGCAUGUCCGCAGCGUCGUGGUCGGCAAGCCGCACAAGGCCGUCCGCCUCUGGCACAACGGACUCGUGAUCAAGGUCGAUGGCGCCAACACCAACACGGAGGGCCGCGUCUACCUAGACUUGCCCACGACUGGCCUCACCGACUCGCUCGACCGCGAAGUGUGGUUUUACGACGAAGACCAUAAAACUUUCCGCUCCAAGAGCACCAACCAGUGCCUUGACACGUACGUCGACGACGCCGGCGUGAGCCAGCUCCACGUGUACUGGUGCGACUCGUCCAAUGCCAACCAGCACUGGGACUUCCACGCCGAUGGCACGUACGACAUCAUGUCGGUGCCCGAAGUCGAAGUGGUCGAGCCGACGACGGUGGCCCCCACGACGACAACGACGACUGUCGCCCCCACGGAUCCUCCGACGGACCCUCCGACGGCGCCGCCGGCGAGCGUCCCCCAAUUCUACGCCGAGUGCGGAGACUGCCGCAACUGCCAGUUCUUCACCCCGUACUACUCGUUGUGCUAUGCCAACUGGUCGCCCCGUGACUGUGGUUUGAUGCCCAAGUCGACGCAUCGAUGGUGCGGGUCGUUGCCGACCUACGUCGCGCCGCCGCCGCCUGCCACUCGCAAGCCCACGACUACAACGCGCCGCCCCUCUGCCCCUCGCCCGUCGCCGUCGACUAGCACGGCUGCUCCAGGUGUGUAUCUCGGGCCCAAGCCCGUCGAAGUCCGCGUUCCCGUGGGUGUGUUGGUGUCGCUGAGCGACAAGAGCCCUGGCAAGUGCAUUCGCGCCGCCACCGACGGCCUCCAGGUCGUCCCGUGCUCGUUUGACGACUCGACCAAGUUUUCAAUCCGCCCCUUCGAGACGGAAGAAGUCACGAUCAAGAUCGUGGACACGGACUGGAAGAUCACCGAGUCGUUUGGCCGCGUCGUUGCCACGACGAACGCCAAGCUCGACGCGGUGCACCCGGACUCGCAAACGUGGUUUUACGAUCCACUCGCGAAAACGAUUCGCAACAAGGCCAACAGCCAGUCGUGCCUCCAGCUUGUGCAGGACAAGGUGCAUGGGCUGGUCGAAGGUCGGCUGUGUGAUGCCGAUAAUGCGUUCCAGGCGUGGUCGUACAACGACUUGACGGGGCAAAUCUACUUUAUGGAGAAAAUGGGGCUCUGCCUCGCAACCGACGGACCCAACCAGCCGCUGCACGUCCAGUUUUGCGACAUCACGAUCCGCAAUCAAAAGUGGAUCUUCGAGUUGGUCCACCACGGCGCGGGCGACAAAAAGCCGGCGCCGCCCCCAUGCCAGUACACCAACCCGUCGACCCUUCCCCCGUGCACGACCAAGCGCCCCGUCCCGCCUCCAUGUGAAUACACCAACCCGACGACCACACAAGCCCCUGCUCGUCCCCCGACGGAAGCCCCUGUGACGCCCACUACCACGGCAGCGCCCAUCACUACCACCACCCCUGCGCCUGCUACCACGACAACGGCUGCCCCAACUACUACGACGCCGACCCCAACUACGACGACGCCGACCCCAACUACGACGACGCCGACCCCAACUACGACGACGCCGACCCCAACAACGACGGUUGCCCCCACGGAUGCUCCGACGACGGUCGCCCCCGUGGUUCCCGACCUCCUUACCGAAGAAACGGAUGCCCCCCAAACGACCCGCGCGCGCCGCCCGCUGCCGUCGCCCUGCGACAAAAACGAAAUGGCCAACACGACGGUCGCGCCGACCACCACGAUGGAGGUCCCCACAACCACAGAUCACUCUGGCGAAAGCACUGUGACCAAGACCAAGCGUGUCGUCAUCUCGCACAAUAAACCGAAAACGACGCAAGCCCCUGUCCCCUCGGAGGAACUCCAGGUGACAGACGUCCCUGCACCGCCCACGGACGCCCCCACCACCGCAGCUCCUGCCACCGACGCCCCCACCACCGCAGCUCCUGCCACGGAUGCCCCCACCACCGCAGCUCCUGCCACGGAUGCCCCCACUACCGCAGCCCCUGCCACCGAUGCCCCCACCACCGCAGCUCCUGCCACCGAUGCCCCGACAACCACAGCGCCAGUGAACUCCAACACGCUGGACUUGGCCACGUGCAUUAAAUACAAGGUCGUGGUGGGCGAUUCGUCGUGGGGCAUUCUCAACAAGGCGUGCUCGGGGUACUCUGGUGCUUGCAAGAAGGAUGCGCUCCCGACCAUCGUGAACAGCCAGAACAAGCGCUGCUCGAGUUUGCUCACCGUUGGUGAAGAAGUCAGCGUGUGCUGCGGAAGUGUACCCAUCACGGCACCGACCGAUGCCCCCACCACUCCUGCACCCACCGAUGCCCCAUCCACUCCUGCACCCACCGAUGCCCCAUCCACAGCUGCACCCACCGAUGCCCCAUCCACAGCUGCACCCACCGAUGCCCCCUCCACAGCUGCACCGACUGAUGCCCCCACCACCACCGUCGUCGACAGCCAGGUGACGGAUGUCCCUGCCCCCACGGACGCUUCCACGACGGCUGUCCCCGCUGGGCCCGCCCCCGUCCCGAACGAACCGGUUGCAUUCAUCAACUACUUUGUCGAGCAGCACGCGUGUGUUGGCUUUGGUGCGACGUGGUGCGCAGCGUGCGAGUGGACCAAGGAAACAGUGGCAGACGUCGGUGGCAAGCUUACGUUCAUGGAGCUCGACACCAAGGUCGCGGGCGAAGGCCCAGCCGGCGACGCCAUCUCGGCGGCCCUCACGACGCUCACCGGGUCCAACUCGUACCCGAGCAUCUGGAUCGGUGGCAAGUACAUCGGUAGCUCGGACAAGAUCGCAGACUUGGAUGCUGCCGACAAGUUGACCGACUUGCUCAAGGCCGCCGGGUGCCUGUAGGUUAGCCAUGUUGGCCUCGCGCAUCUCUGUGUUCAUGUGCAUUGAAUCGAC